AUGGCGGCGCAGGAGGGCGUCAGGACAGCCGCUGCUGCUGCUGCUGCCACCGCCGCGGCGGCGUGCCGCGAGCGCCGCUUCGUCGGCGUCCGGCAGCGGCCGUCGGGGCGGUGGGUCGCGGAGAUCAAGGACUCGGCGCAGCGCGUGCGCCUGUGGCUGGGCACGUUCGACACGGCCGAGGAGGCGGCGCGCGCCUAUGACGAGGCGGCCCGCGCGCUGCGCGGCGAGAGCACGCGCACCAACUUCGCGGACCGCGCCCGGCGGUGCGGCGGCGUGGGCGCGGGCAGGGCCAGGCUGAGCAAGAGCCUGCAGCACGUGAUGGCGCGCGCGGCCGCCGCGGGGCGGGCCACGGCGUGCGCUGGGCCGGGCGAGCAGUUCGCGCUCGCCGCGGUGUUCCGGCACUGGCAGCAGCCCUCCGCGCCGCAGCAGGCCGAGGCCGCCGCGGCCGCCACCAAGCACGCGGUGCAGCCGAGCUUCGUCGUGCCGAGGCGGACCGAGGCGCCGCCGUCGUCACCGGCGCUCGGAGCCGGAGAUCCCUGGGGCGACGCCGCCGAGGUGAUGAUGCGCGCCGAGGAGACGUCGUUCAGGGUGUCCUCGUCUGUGAUCGUGCCGCCCUCGUUCAGCGCGUCGUCGGAGUCGGAGUCGGAGUCCUUGGGCGUGGAGGAUUUCCUAGCUACGAGUUGA